UCCUCAGAAAAAAAUGAUUUGCAGAGGCAUAUACGAUGAAAUGAGAUGUGGUCUUGAUCUCUCGUCGUUUGUUGCGAGACCAUGGCCAACAAAAAGAUAGACAUCAACAGGUGUAGCGUAGAGGAGCUUGAACAACUGCCUGGUAUUGGACGUCACAAGGCAGAGGCUAUAGUCAAACAGAGGAAGGCUAUUCGAGGGUUCAGCUGUGUGAAUGACCUCCACAACAAAGUACCUGGAGUAGGAGCAUCAACAGUUGACCAGAACCGAGGGCUUCUAGUGUGCGAGGUGACCACUCCUAGAUCCAGACACACCAACAGAGGUGGCAGGAGGACUCGUCAUGGUUCAUGUACAGCAUCUGGACCGGAGGUGGUGACACCAUCCCCAAAACCAUCAUCAAGUGGAGGGAUCCCACGUUUAGGGUCUCGGCAGGGCCUGAGACAGCGGUCCAGGGGAAGCCUUGCCCCACCUGAUUUACCAACUACAAGUACUGCUGCUGACAGUGUGGCCGGCCUCACUCCCAGACAUGACGACACAUGUCGCAGUGCCGUGUUGGACUCGCUUAGUGACAGCCACAUGAGUGAAGAUGGAGGCUCUGGUGAGGAGGAUGGUGGUUCAGAUGAGGAGGAGGAUGCCGCAGAGGAUGAUGAUGAUGAUGAUGAAGAGGAGGAGGAGGAAGCAUGGUUUGGGGAUACGUUAUCAGAUGAUGAGACAUCUCAGGACAACUCAACGUCAUUCCCAUUCCUCUGCUCCUCAUUACCCGUGUCUUUGGCAGGGUCAUCCUCCACCAGUUCCACCCCUGGGCCUUACCGCUCACGAAUACCAAUCCCUAUCUCUGGUUCCUAUGGCAAACAUAUUAUGAAGCGCAAGUGCAGUAGCAGUAGGGACGAAUUAGUUCAAGGGAAGAGGAUGCGGACAACAGACGAUGUGAGUGCAUUCUCGGUCCUGAUGAUGAAGACUGUUCGCCACCAGUACAAGAGCGGUCACAGACCUCGAAUUCCAUCCAAGGAACACCCACCUGCCAGGCUGGCAGAAUGGCUUCAGAUUUUUCAGACAUGGAGCAAUGCAGAGCGUAUGAUGGCACUGGAUGAACUUAUAACUAUUUGUGAACCAACACAAGUCAGACAUAUGAUGCAAGUUAUAGAACCACAAUUCCAAAGAGAUUUCAUCUCCCUGCUGCCAAAAGAGUUAGCACUGUAUGUGCUGUCUUUUCUCGAGCCCAAGGCACUGUUGAAAGCUGCUCAGACUUGUCAGUAUUGGCGCCUUUUGGCUGAAGAUAAUCUUUUGUGGAGGGAGAAGUGUCGAGACGAGGGCAUUGAUGAAAAUUUGGUGUAUGGACCUAACCGGAUACGGCGCAAGCGCUGUCCCUGGAAGGCCUUGUAUAUGAGACAGCAUCAGAUAGAGCUAAAUUGGAGAUGUGUAGAACUUCGCCAGCCUAAACUGUUGAAAGGACAUGAUGAUCAUGUGAUAACAUGUCUAGAGUUCUGUGGUAACAAAGUAGUCAGUGGAUCUGACGACAACACCCUCAAAGUGUGGUCAGCUCUCACAGGAAAGUGCCUGAGGACAUUAGUAGGACACACAGGAGGAGUAUGGUCCUCACAGAUGUCAGGUAACAUCGUCAUCAGCGGGUCAACAGACCGCACACUAAAAGUUUGGAAUGCAGAUUCUGGAAACUGUAUCCAUACCUUAUAUGGGCAUACCUCUACAGUGCGGUGUAUGCACCUCCACGAUAAUGUUGUUGUGAGUGGGUCACGUGAUGCCACACUGCGAAUGUGGGACAUCGACACUGGUCAGUGUUUGCAUGUCCUCAUGGGUCACGUGGCAGCGGUACGUUGUGUACAGUAUGAUGGUCGGCGAGUGGUCAGUGGGGCGUAUGACUACAUGGUAAAGGUCUGGGACCCAGAGACAGAGACUUGCCUACAUACACUCCAGGGUCACACCAAUAGGGUGUACUCUCUACAGUUCGACGGUAUCCACAUAGUGAGUGGUUCUCUGGACACAUCCAUUCGUGUGUGGGAUGUGGAAACAGGCAAUUGUCUUCACACACUCAUUGGUCAUCAGUCUCUGACCAGUGGUCUGGAACUCAAGGACAACAUUUUAGUGUCGGGUAAUGCUGACUCAACAGUCAAAGUUUGGGAUAUCACUACUGGCCAGUGUCUUCAAACAUUACAAGGCCCAAACAAACAUCAAAGUGCUGUGACUUGUCUUCAGUUCAACAAACGCUUUGUUAUAACAUCAUCUGAUGAUGGAACAGUGAAAAUUUGGGACCUUAAAACAGGAGAAUUUUUACGCAACUUGGUGGCUCUAGAAAGUGGGGGGAGUGGAGGUGUUGUAUGGAGGGUGCGUUGUAGUAACACAAAACUGGUGUGUGCUGUGGGCUCUCGCAAUGGCACUGAGGAAACAAAACUCUUGGUUUUAGACUUUGAUGUUGACGACAAAAAAAUUGGUGUAUGAAUGUAAAUCCAUAUAGUGCUGCAAAGAAUUAUGCCAAAAGAUCCUGGAUUGGGAUGUAAAUUUGUGGAUAUAUACAGAUAGUGUGAAGUUGAAUGUUCUUGUGAAUCUGUGAUUUAGGAAAACAGUGAGGACAACCAUCUAUGUGAUAGUUCGAUAAACAGUUGAAAGUAGAUGUUUGAAGAGUUCACGGUAGUAUCAUAACCAGAAUCCACCUCAAAAAUGCCAAACAGCUCGGAGUACAACUCCGCACCUACUUUAGUCUGGUCGUCUACAAUGCUGUGGUGUCACUUUUUGAAUAUUUACAGUAGAGCGCAAUCAAAGGUGAAAUGGUGAAAGGUGGUAGUUGUUUUAUUUUAGGGCAGAAUACAUAUCAAUGCACAGUAUUUAUGUAAACUGUUGUUAAAUGAUUUUACCGGUAGAUGUUGGUAAAGUGUGAUUUGUAGCCUGGGCAAUUUCUCUUCCAGGAAAAAAGUGUAUUGACAUGGAGUUUACUUAUCUCUACAAACAUUUGAUGAGUUCGAAUCAGAUUUCUUCUUUUUUCAAAAACAUCCUAGACAAGUUAAUUGGAAAUGUUGAAGUCAGUUACAUUUUUGCAAGAUUUAUAAUACAUUCCAGUUUGCUAUAUUUAAAUUUGCCCGAUGCCGUCCCACUACAACGCUAUAGACGGUCUGUGUAAUGAUGAGACUAUAAUGGCAACUGGUCCCACUGUACUGUGAAGUAACAAUGCUUCUAUCAGUCAUUCCAUAUUUGGACUGUUCCAUUUACUGGAUAUACUCCAUUGUAUGAGAUGAAGUUUUUCUCUCAGUAUAACUGGAUAUCAAAUUGAUAUUGCCCAAAAUGUUGUUAGUAAUUUAACCAUAGAUAAUUAAUUUUCCGGAAUACAAUUAUACCAGGUAGUUUAUAUAAUUGCAAGAUACCCAUGUGGCAAAUCUUCCAUGAAACCAAAGUUUAGUGGUUUUAUGUGUAAUUACAUGCAGAAAACACUUUAAUGUUUAUUGGUUUGGAAGGCCAGCUUUUAUGUGUAAGAAAAUUAUGAAUAAGAAACAACGAUUGAUAUUUUCUAAAACAAAAUCUCCAGUUAUUUAAAAGCUAAGUAAGUGGCAUUUAGUAGUUGCUUAAAGAAAACAUAUUGGUGAAUCUACUACAAAAAUACAAACCUGUAGAAUUAAUUUGAAAUUGUUUUUCAAAAUUUAUUUCUAACAACAGUAUAUACCUUGUAUGUGUAAUAUCAUAACAAUUGACUUUAGUUGAUAGAACAAGAUUGACAAGUCUUGUUCCUUAAAUAUUGGAGGUUUGCAUGACCAGAUACUUUUUUAAAGAUGUCUGAUGUAGCUGUCAGGAUAAUUCCUGAAGAAAUCGGCUGACCACUGGCCUCUUAUGCUAUACAAGUAGCCGCCUUCAUGCUGAAUUUAAAUAAUCUUGUAAAGAUGUUACUGAGCCUCAUCAAAAAAUAUUUCCCAAUAAUACGAUCUUCACUAUAUAUACCUACUGUAAAUUGUCACUGCUUCCACCAGGCAUUCUUCAUCAUUUUAUAACAUGUAGGAAAUCUAAAAAUUCACCAUCGGCUGUAAAUUUUGGGAUAGUUGGGAAGCUACCUAGAUCUUUCUUAAAACUUCAGUCUAAGAAAAUUUUUACGAUAUUUGACCAAAAUUUUAUUUGUUAAUGGUGUAAAAAUGUGUGUUCAACUUGCAGACCCAAGUAAAAUUCCUGUUAAAUGGUUAAGCUGAAAUUGAAGGAUGUCUGUCUGUCUGUCCGUUGAUAUCAUAACACACAGUGAGGGACAGAAUUUUAAUGACGAUGUAUAUUGUUACCAGAAGUACAUUAUUUUACAAUAAACUAUAAAAUUGAGUAAUCAGAGCUGAAAUCCUUAAUUUACAAGAUUUCAGUGUGAAAACUUUUUAAAGAGUCUGUUACCAUACUUUGACCUGAAAAAUGUCUUUCAUUGAUGUACUGUUCUGAAACUGAUGGCAUUUGUCUGCACUCUGACAAAGGUUUGAGGUGAUAGUUUGAUGUGAUUGUGUACAGUGUAUCACCAGUGGUUGUAUAUGUAACUCUUACUAGUCAUUCUUUACAGUCAAACCAUCUCUUUGUGUUCCUUAGAUGUAUCACACUUCUAACAGCAUUCAGAUACCUACUGCAAUUCUUAAAGUCUUCUAAGUUAUUUGGAGAUUCACUUCUCCCUCCUGUCAAGUCAUUAUCUUCCUGUGAUUUUUGUCUCGAUGUUGGAAAUAUGCUCAGAAAUUGAACUGUAUUGCAUGGGCUGAUUGUGUUUUAUAAUUGCUGUUGGCCUGACAAGGUUGAUAUCCUUUAAAUAGCUACAAACAUUACAAACGUUUUUUUUUUUUUUUUUCAUUUUGUAACUUCAAAACCUCAUUUUUCUGUGCAAUUUAUUUUUUAGAUGUUUUGAUUUGACUUGGUGCCUUGUUUGUAUCAAAUCAUUCUGGGAUAGAAGGUUUCUGUGUAAGAGGUGACGGCUCCUUACUCUAAAUGUUAGAAUUUUAUUUGUACCCUAAGAUUUAUAUGUACUUACAACACUUACAUUUGAUUCACACCUGUUAUAGUAAUUUGAAAAAUCACUGGAGUGAUGUCUGUAGUGACUCCAUACCAUCAUCAGGUUCAUUACCAGUUGUGGUUAUAAACUUGAUUUAUGAAGGGUUUGUUGAAAGGUUAUGUCACGAUAGUCCAAGAUUGUCUUGUGUAAAUAUGUGUGUGAGAGUGUGUGUGCAAAUCAUUGCAGCAGGUGCUAUACUAAAAAAUUUAUCACAUUUAUAUAAAUGUUACAUAAUUAUCACAGGCAUUUGUGAUGAUGAUAUGCUGCUAAAUGAUUUGCAAGAUUUAUUUUGCUUUUUUUCUAACUGAAAAAAAAAAAUACUGAAUAACGUUGUCCAAUAUAAAGUAUGAUGAUCUCCGCACUUUGGUUCCAAGGUGACGGAAUUUAGAUAAUUUACUUGUUUCUACCCGUGUCACUUUGUAAAUUUACUUCUCUGGUUUUGCUGUAAAGAUACAUUAUCUGUGAGAUUUUUAUUUAUCCCUGAAGUGAUGUUUGUGUAUACAAUGUCGUUUCUCAAUCCUUAUGACCACUUGGUAACAUUUUAAUCUUGAUCUUAUGUACAGAUCUACUCGUGUCUUUCUUAGGCGGAGUUCUUCAAUUUAGGUUAUCUCCCCUUGCAUGUAUUUAUUGCUGCAGGUCAAUUUAUUGUAACUGAUGUGUUUGUUGUGAGAGUUUUGUGAUUGUCAGGUGUGUUGUGAUUUCAUUGUGUAUAUCGGUGUCCCUUCAGGUUUUUGUCAAACCAGUAGUACAUUUUAAUGAUCAGUACUGGAAAGUAUGAAAGUAGUAACUGUGAGAUUUCAUAUAGUUGAAGAAUCAUGAUUGAAUUUAAAUGGACUGGUAUAAUCAUCAUCUGUGUGUGAAUCUUCAGUGCAGCAUGUCUUCAGACAGAGCAGUUGUAACCAAACUUAUAAAGUCAACUUCAAACUGCCAACCAUCAUGUGCCAGUUGAAUUAAUUAUUGUACAGACUGAUAUUGUGUCCGUAUGUUAACUGUGUUUGAAUGUGUCAAAAUCUGAGAUGAUUUUAUCAUGAAAUUUAACACAUCAGAUAUAUUUGAAAAUAGAAAACUAAUUUGAUUUAAACAUCAAUCCAGUGUGACUGCACAGUCACCAUAAUUUAUGUAGAUAAAUUCAUUAAGUGUGAAAAUUUACACCCUACAGUGACACUACCUACUGCAGGUAAGGUAGUACUAAUACAGUACAUUUACUAAUAUGCAGGUAGUUGAUAUAAGUUUAAUGAAAUGUCGAAUCACAUCACAGCUCUUAACAUCAUUUGCACGGCAAAAUCUCAUCAUUGGGAAUUUUUAAUUUAUCACAAUUAAAAAAUUUCCAGAUAUUAACCAUUGUGCAUAGAUUGCCAUUGUAUGGAAUACCUCUCAAAAUUAGUAAUAUAAUUGAAAAUUCAAGAAAAAAUAUACAUUGGUAACCUUGGCAAUUGAAAAAGCAUCAGUUUGAUAGAUACACAGACAAAUGUAUUGAAUUAAUGUUCAAACUUGUUAUGGUGAAAGAAGUGAAAUUUUUGUAUUAAAUUCAUUUAAGACAGAAUUGCUCAUCUGUUUCCCAGACACUUUCUGUAGUAUGGUGAUUAUUGUGGUUAUUCUUACUUUCUCCAUGUGACACUUUCAUCAACUGAUUCUUGUAAACUUAAUUUAUUUGCUGACACAAGUCAGAAGCUUAAGGUAUAAUAAUCACACUUGUUGACUUGGAUGGAAACUGGAUUACUCCAAGAAAACCCAAGUGGCCAGCUGGUAACAAUAACUUAUUCCUGUAACUGUAACUUUAUCACAAGUAUCUAUACUUAUGGAUCUACAAUUUUGUCUUCUCUCUCCCUACACAGAAUUGACAGUGUCAUGUGAAGGAAAUUCAACACUCAGCCACAGACAAGUAUUAACAUAUUGGACAGGCAUGUGUGAUGAUAGGAAGUGUGAAUGUGUCGUGAUUGUGAUACAGAAGUCAGUAUCUGUGUAUAUAUAUAUAUACAUAUAUAUAUAUCCAGUAUGGAUCCAGGUUGGAGCACUUAUAGCAUGCCCAUAUGUACUUCCAAAGGGGACAUUGUGCACAUGCAAACUUCAAGGCUCAAAAAGUGCAAUGAUUGAGCGCAAAACAAUAUAUUUCGUCUUUCAGUGGACAGUUUGAAACUGAACAAUUUUUAAGAUAGUCUGAUAAAAAACCUUUUCAAUAAAAAAGGGAGCAUAGUAUGCACUCCUCUUGUCUUAAAGUGUCAUUAGAUAUUUGUCCAAGUCUAAUGGUUUUCCUUUAUUUUCUUUUGAUUUGAUAUCAAGGAUAGAUUUAACAUUUUAGUUUGUGUUCUCCUUCUCCUUUUUAUAUUAAAACCUGGAUCCACACUUGUAUAUGGAAGUUUCUGUAACCAGAGAAAUGUAUAUAUGAUUCUCUGGAUUUUUGCUGUAAAUGUGAAUGAUGUGCAGGUUUAUAAAUGUACAGGUGUAAAAUUAUUGAGAACACUUUAAAUGCUGGAGAGAAUGUUACUACAUGUGUGGUAUCCAACUUGUAUAGUAACUGUAAAAGGUACAGUUCAGAACACAGGAAAUAUGAUACUGCAGAAUAAUUAAAGUCACAACAAACAUG